AGGCAGCAUCUCCUACUAUCCUGAGAUGGAGAGAAGAAGUAAGGAACGAGUUGGCGGUGAGGGGGUGGCCGAGCAAGAGCCCGGUGGUGGGACACAGGGGCUGAGGCUAAGAAGGGAGAUUGGCCUGUGGAGUGCUGUCUCUCUGAUCACUGGCUCGAUGAUCGGCUCUGGCAUCUUUAUGUCACCACAGCGGGUGCUGGUCUACGUGGGCAGCCCUGGAGCCAGCCUUUUGGUUUGGGCAGCCUGUGGUUUCCUGGCCACACUGGGGGCCCUGUGCUACGCUGAGUUGAGUGCCUUAGUUCCCGAAUCCGGCGGGGAUUAUGCCUACAUCCUGCGGACCUUUGGCUCCUUGCCAGCCUUCCUGGUCAUCUAUACAUUUGUCUUAGUCGGCAGACCAGCUGCCAUUGCUGCCCUCUCGCUGAGCUUUGCGGAGUAUGCCGUCGCCCCCUUCUACCUGGGCUGCUCCUCCCUGCCCCAGGUGGCGGUGAAAGGAGUGGCGGUCACCGGUAUCCUGCUGCUGCUGAUAGUCAACUGCUGGAGCUCCCGGCUGGCCACCAUGCUCAUGAACGUGUGCACUGUGGCCAAAGUGCUGUCGCUGCUGCUCAUCGUGGUGGGAGGGGCCGCCGUGCUGGCUCAGGGCCUGGGCCACAAGGAAGUCCUUCUGCACGCCUUCCACAACACAACGCAGCAGGCGGGUCGCUUUGGCCUGGCCUUCUACCAGGGCCUGUGGUCCUUCGAUGGCUGGAACAGUCUCAACUACGUGAUGGAGGAGCUCAGAAAUCCACACAAGAACUUGGUGUGGGCUCUGAUGAUUGCCAUUCCCAUGGUCACCUGCCUGUACAUCUUGGUCAACAUCAGUUACCUGCUGGUGUUGUCGCCCAGUGAGAUCCUUUCCUCGGAUGCUGUGGCUGUGAGUUGGGGAAAGCAAGUGCUGGGGGCCUGGGGCUGGCUGGUGCCUGUGGCUGUUGUACUCUCAGGAUUCGGCUCUGCAAAUGGGGCGUUCUUCAGUGGAAGCCGUAUAUGCUAUGUGGCUGGAAGAGAAGGUCACAUGCCCAGCCUUCUGUCCAUGGUUCAUGCGCAUCACCUCACCCCCGCCCCAGCCCUGAUGUUCACCACGGCAGUGGCCUUGAUCCUGAUCAUCCAAGGGAGCUUCAGCGCCAUUGUGAACUUGUUGAGCCUCAUAGCCUGGAUCAUCUAUGGAACCACCAUUAGCUGCCUCCUUUACUUGCGAGUGAAGGAGAAGCAUCUUCCAAGAUCCUACAAGGUUCCCACCUUCAUCCCGGUCAUUAUGCUCCUGGCUUCUAUCUUCUUGGUGCUGGUGCCCAUCAUUGACCAUCCCCAGAUGGAGUUCUUUUACCUCUUCCUGUUCCUGCUCAGUGGCUUCCUGGCAUAUUUCCUAUUUAUUUAUUUCCAGUGCCAGCCCAAGUGUUUGCAGAUGGCUACCCUGCAUCUUCAAUUGCUCCUGGAAGUGGCUCCAACCACGAGACAUGCUCACUGAAGAACUGAAUUGGCUCUGCACUGACCUCUUUGCUGCAAACAUCUCUAUUCUCACAAAAGUAGCCAUGGCAGGUCUUUCUUAGUUGAUUAUACAUCAUUGUAAUAAACUCCUUAAGUGCCACAAUGGUGUGGUCAAGCACUUUUGAGUUAUUCACCCAACACAACACUUCCUUCUCUAAGAACUGCUCCUUCAGUGGCUGCCUCUUUGGGAUACGGCCAUUUGUAACCCAAGUGGACACCACGCUGUCUUUUGAGAUUUUGGAAUUAGAAUCCUGGGAUCCGGCAAGACAGAGAAAGACCCUUGAUGAGAUAGAUUGACAUACUGGUGCCAACAAUGGAUUCAAACAUAGCAAUGAUGGUGUGCGCGACAUAAAACCAGGUAGUUUUCUGUCCUGUUGUACAUAGGGUUGCUAUGAGUCGGAACCAACUUUAUGACCACUAACAAUUCUGCUUCUAAUGGUUUAAUGGCUUGAGGAACUGUAAAUCUUAGGAACUUAUAAUUUGGCAAUUGCAGCCAAAUGGGCAGAUCACUUAGUAGAGAAGAAUGGAAGAAGAAUCACAGUGAGAUGGUAUUGAGAAACUAUAUGGCACCAAAGAGUUAUAGGGGAGAUUCUGAGAGGGUAGCAGCCUUCAUCCUGGACUGUUCUCCAGUUCUGGUCUGUGCCUACCUGUGGUCCACCUGCCAUUUGGCCAUCCUUCCUGCUGUUUGACCAUCUCGCACAACUGAGACCACACAAUAAAUUCCCAGGUUGGCUAGAGUGAGUUAGAAUGGGUUUCUAUUUCUUGCCACUAGAAAAGAUUGGGCUUUGCCAUGCCUUCCCGUACAGGAAGACGUGAAGCUUCAAUGACGGUUUAUGGUCGCCAACUGGAUGGAACAAGGAAAGAUGCAAAAAAAUGUGUCUCUGGGAAGGAAUGCUUAAUGGCUUUGGGUAAAAAGAAUGACAGCGAGAGAGCAGACCCAGGAAGCUCAUGGGCUGCACAGAGACAAGGGAGCAGAGAUACGUGGCUGCCCAGGUGAGAAUGUGACAUGGGAAAGAAUCACCACAGUGCCCAGGGGCAGACAGGCUAGGAACCGGCUCCCAAGUGCACUCAGGGACAGUGAUUAGAGAAGGGACUGGGUGCAGGAUGUUGCUGAGCAUUUCUGCCCCUGAAAAGUGGACUCGGACAGACUGCAGGUGGUGUGGUUCCCUCAGUGAGCGCACAGGAGGAAAAGGGCUACCACGGAUGCAGUGCUUCUGAUCCAUGAACUUGCUUCUGACCCAUAAAGGCUUUCUCAUUCUGCUCUGAUGGUGAAGUUGCCAGGAAGGAAAAGUCUGACAUGUUUCUACUCCAAACCACACAUUCUGCUUUGGAGAUAAGAAAAAUAUGAGCGAGGCUAGUUCUAGCCACCUCUUUGUCAAUGGUGGCCACGGAUCAGGUUGAGAAGUUCACAAGGAAAGGUGUCUGGAUCCAUCUAGCAGAACUGUAUCCUUUUCGCCUUUCUACUCCCACCAAACUGUGCCUUGUCUGGUGUUUGACUGUGUUUCUAAUUCCCCUCCUGGGCUGUGGGUUUGGUGAGCGUGGGGCUUAGUUCUUAGUUAAGCUUCUUCAUCUUGUAAGUCUCACUGUGGUGCUGUGCUGGACUCCUUUCUGAUCAAUAAAGUUGUAUUGAGAUACAAUUCAUGUAUAUUAUACUUCUAUUCAUUCAGUUAUAUUAAAAAGAGUUGUAUGUACAUCAUCACAAUGUAUUCCAAACAUUCUGCAUCCAUACCACUUUUUCUGGUCAUUAUUUUUCAUUUUCCUCCAAUAUUCCUUUACCCCAUAUACUCAAUAAACCAUUACACCAGUUAUCGUUUCUACACA